AUGGCUGAUGCUGUUCUUCAAUUUCUGCUUGAGAAAUUGAGCUCUUCAAUCCAGAGGGAACUCGGAUUGCUCUGGGGUGUAAAUAAAACAAUGAAGAAACUGUGGAGCACGCUUUCCACAAUCCAUGCCACCCUUGAAGAUGCUGAGGAAAAACAACUCAACGACGAGGCCAUAAAGAACUGGCUGAGGAAGCUCAAAGAUGCUGCUUAUGUGGUAGAAGACAUCUUGGAUGAGUGCAAAACCGAAGCCUUGCUAUUAGAGUACACUGGAAGCCACAGCUCUGGAUUGAUCAACAAGGUAUGCAUAUCUUUCUUAACUAGCAAAUUUCACUGGAAGAAUAUUUUGUUCCGUCGAAACAUUGGAACCAGAAUGAAAGCAAUUCAAGAAAGAUUAGAUCAAAUUGCCCAAGAGCGGUUGAACUUCCACUUGCGUGAAACGGGGAAGGAGAGGCAAACUAACAUGACCAUGGAAAUGCGCCAAACCGGUUCCAUUUUGACUGAACCAGAAGUGUUCGGAAGAGAAGAAGACAGAGAAAGGAUUGUUAUGCAUUUGGUGAAAAAUUCCAGCGACGCUGAGCGUCUUUUAGUUUACCCUAUACUUGGUAUGGGGGGCAUCGGAAAGACAACACUUGCCCAACUGGUUUUGAAAGAUGAGAGGGUAGUGAGACACUUCGAUCUUAUGAUAUGGGUUUGCGUUAGAGAGGAUUUUGAUGUGAAGAGGCUAAUUCGAGAGAUUAUAGAAUCUGCAUCUGGAAAUGCUUGUGAAGCCUUAGGCUUGGAUCCUCUUCAGAGGCGCCUUCGCGAGAAACUGAAUGGAAAAAGGUACUUGCUUGUACUGGAUGAUGUAUGGAGUGAUGAUCAAGGCAAGUGGGAGGAGUUAAAAUCUGUGCUAGACUGUGGAUCUAAAGGCAGUUCUAUAGUCAUUACUACCCGUAUUGUGACGGUUGCGGCGAUUAUGGGCACAAUUCCGGCACAUAGCCUAUCAGCUUUGUCAGAAGAUGAUUGUUGGACAUUAUUUAGGCAACGGGCAUUUGGAAAUAAUGGAGUGGAAAAUCGUCCAAACAUUGUCGCCAUCGGCAAGGAAAUAGUGAGGAAGUGCGGGGGCGUUCCUCUGGCAGCAAAGACACUUGGAAGUCUAAUGCGCUUCAAAGUUGAGGAAAAUGAGUGGAUUUCGGUCAGAGAUAGUGAAAUUUGGAACCUACCGCAGAAAGAGAGUUCCAUCUUGCCUGCCCUGCGAUUGAGUUAUAAUAAUUUGCCGCUGCAAUUGAGAUGCUGCUUUGCCUAUUGUGCAGUCUUCCCGAAGGCUGCGGUGAUUUUAAAGGAAUAUUUGAUGAUUCUAUGGAUGGCUAACGGCUUCAUCUCAUCAAAUGGAAAAUUGGAGCCAGAAGACGCCUUUAAUGAGGCAUGGAAUGAAUUAUACUGGAGAUCUUUUUUCCAUGAUGUCAAAAAGAAUUAUUGCGGAAACAUCGUGAGCUUUAGGAUGCAUGAUCUUGUACAUGAUCUGGCGCAAUCUGUUAUGGAGGAUGAAUGCCAAGUAAUCAAGGAUGGAGGCUCAAGCCGCUCAACUAAUAUCACAGAAAGAACUCGACAUGUUACAUUGAUCCCAGAGCACUUGGAUGCAAUCCCCAGAGAUUUAAUGAAAGCUGAAUCCUUGCGGACAUUGAUCCUAAACCAGCAGGACAAAUUGAUCUUUGAUGAAGCAGUUGUGCGUACAAUAUUUGGUCGCUCAAAUUUUUGUUUCUUGAGAGCGGUGGAUAUGAGCUCUUCUGAUAUGACCAUGUUGCCUGCCUCCAUCAGCAAAUUAAAACAUUUAAGGUACUUGGACCUUUCUGACACAAAUAUCAGAAAGCUGCCUGAGUCACUUUGCAGCCUGUUGAAUUUGCAAACUUUGUCUCUAAAUUAUUGUUACACACUUCAGAGUUUGCCCAAUAACCUAACAUGUCUCAGGAAUUUGAGGCAUCUUUACCUGAAAGGUUGUCAUCGUUUAACUCGUAUGCCUCCCAAUAUUGGACAGUUGAGUUGCCUUCAGACAUUGAGCAUGUUCAUUGUCGGUUGCACGGGAGGCUGUCAUCUAGAUGAAUUGCAGCACUUGAAUCUCAGACAAGAAAUAAAAAUCACCCACCUUGAACGUGUGGGAAAUCUAACAGAAGCCAAGAAAGCCAAUCUGGUUGGGAAGCAUAACCUUCGCUCCCUGUUAUUGUCUUGGCAGCCUACUCAUGAAUCUAACAAACAAGACUUCGUUGAGCAGGUACUGGAAGCCCUUGAACCUCACCUGAAUCUUCAAUGUUUAUAUAUACAAGGAUACAAGGGUAACCAGUUCCCAAGCUGGAUGAUGGAUCCAAUUCUUGAAAAUUUAGUUGAUAUUACACUCUUGGGCUGUAAAAACUGUUCACAACUUCCACCAUUUGGUCAACUGCCUUCCUUGCGAAAACUAUAUAUAGGAGGAAUGGAUCAUGUAGAGUACGUUGACAAUUACCAAUUCCAUGCUGGAGGUGCAACACUGAUACAAUUCCCAUCUUUGGAAUGUCUUCAUAUAUUUGAUUUUCCAAAUUUGUUAAGUAUAUCGAGAGAGGAUGCAAGACAUGAUCUAUUCCCUCAUCUUGCUCGGUUGAGAAUUGAAGAAUGCCCCAAAUUAAUGACUUUGCCCGCAUGCCUUCCGUCACUCAAAGAGAUGUGUGUUUCGGGAUGCAGUGAGGUGUUACUUGGUUCAAUAGCAAAUUUUAGUAGCCUGAUUACUCUAGAAAUUUCCAACAAUGACGACGUAAUCUCUUUUCCGGAAGGGGUGCUGCGAAACCUAAAUUCUCUGAAGACGCUAUGGGUUGAAGAUUUUACAAAGCUUGAGAAGUUGGGGGAUGAGCAAGACCUACAGGGCUUGAAAUCGCUUCAGGAACUAUGCUUUCAAAGUUGUGAUGAGCUAAAUUCCUUGUCAGAUUGGGUAUGCUCCCUCACUUCCCUCAAGGCUCUCCAUCUUGAUUGUUGUCCUGGGCUGGUAGAUUUGCCAGAGGGGAUCAAGAGCCUCAAUUCACUUCAUGUUGUAUCCAUUAGCAACCAUCCUAAUCUGGUGGCUUUGCCUGAUGCCUUACAACAUGUGUCUGCACUGCAAUAUUUGUGUGUGUGGGACUGUCCAAAUCUAGCUUCACUGCCUAAUUGGCUGGGCAACCUCACACCUCUUCGGUACCUACUGAUUGCGAACUGCCCAAAGCUGGCAUCACUUCCGCGAAGCGUCCAGUGCUUAACUCGACUCCAAACCCUGGAGAUCAGCGGAUGUCCUGAAUUGGAGAGGCGAUGUGAGAAGGGAAGGGGGGAGGAUUGGGCCAAGAUAGCCCAUGUACCAAAUGUACUAAGAGAGAUGUGA